AUGGAGAGUGAAAUCAUGAAUCUCAUUAAGGUGUGUCUCUCAGUUGUAAUCUCUUUAUGCUACUGUUAUCGGAUAGGCAAGUCUGUCCCUCCAGGAACAACUCGACUACUCCUUUUUCUUCCCAUCAUCUGUUACUACAUUCUGGUUCCUCUGAGCUUUUCUUCUGUACACUUGUCUGGUACUCUAGGAUUCUUCCUCGCAUGGCUUGCAAACUUCAAGCUUUUGCUCUUAGCUUUCGACAAGGGACCUCUCUCCUCUGAUCCAUUAAUCUCUCUUUCACGAUUUGUAGCCCUGGCCUGCCUCCCCAUCAAGAUCCAACAAAACCAACCAUGUCCUACCUACAUCGUAUCAUCUCAUUCUUCCACUAAAACUGGGAAAACCCCACCUUCAGAUUUAUUGCAUGGCUCCAAAAGUUCUUCCUUUGAAGCCGACUCAUGCAAACAAAAUCUGUUUUCCAAAGGACCCAACCAAGGUGAUGGUACCACACUUUUAGGGUAUGCCAUAAAGGGAGUUGCUCUAGGGGUUUUGGUGAAGAUCUAUGACUACAGUGAGAGCAUUCAUCCAACAAUCAUAAUGUGCAUGUACUGUUUCCACAUGUACUUUAUGUUGGAAAUUAUCUUAGCAGUGGUUGCAGCAGUGGCUAAAAGCAUGCUGGGGAUGGAGCUAGAACCACAGUUCAAGGAUCCACUGCGAUCAACCUCACUCCAAGACUUCUGGGGGAGGAGAUGGAAUCUCAUGGUCACCAGCAUCCUGCGACCAACAGUGUACCAACCAACCCUGAAAAUGGCAACAAAAGUUGUCGGAUCCAAAUGGGCCCCAUUACCGGCUGUGUUUAGCACCUUUGCAGUUUCAGGUUUGAUGCAUGAGUUGAUACUGUUCUAUUUGGGAAGGAUGGAGCCCACUUUCAGAAUGACGGCGUUCUUUCUCCUCCAUGGGAUUUGCUUGACAGUGGAGAUUGCUAUGAAGAAGAACCUUACCGGCAGAUACCGGUUGCCUAGGUUUCUAUCAGGGUCCUUAACUCUAGCAUUUGUCAUGGUCACCAGCCUUUCCCUGUUUCUACCGGAGUUCAUCCUGCGUGGGAUUGAAGCUAAGGCAAUUGAGGAAUACGCUGCCUUAGGCGACCUUCUACAAAGUCUCACGUCCUCUUUUUCAGGCAUCUUCAUCACAAAUCUUAGGAUCUAA